AGUAGACCAAGAGAGAGAGAGAGUUGCGACAAAUUCAAACGUGUACAACGGCGGAGGUGUGAGUGAGACCAGUCGCCUGUUGGUCGCCUGUGUUUCUCCCAACACUCCAGAGAUCCCCCCCCAGGAGGAUCGAGAGAGAGAGAGAGAAGACUCAUCCUAAGGCUCAACCUUUGUGCAGGAGACAGAGGAACAUCCAUUUCUGCCUGACCUCUACAGCUGGCCACAGCAUCCACAGUGUGUUCCUGACGAGCAGGGCGUGUCCAGCGUGUUUGGCGUGUGCGAGGGGCGUCCAGUGUGUGAUAGACGCGUCCAGCGCGACUAAGGUGUGUGUGCGGUGCUCGAGAGGCGUUGUCGUAGCGUGUGUGAGGCGCGAUGGCUGACUGGAGCCUCCUGGGGAACUUCCUGGAGGAGGUGCAGGAGCACUCGACGGUGGUGGGGAAGGUGUGGCUGUCGGUGCUCUUCAUCUUCAGGAUCCUGGUUCUGGGCACGGCGGCCGAGUCCUCCUGGGGGGACGAGCAGGAGGACUUCACCUGCGACACGGAGCAGCCGGGCUGCGAGAACGUGUGCUACGACCAGGCGUUCCCCAUCGCGCACAUCCGCUACUGGGUGCUGCAGAUCGUGUUUGUGUCCACGCCGUCGCUCAUCUACAUGGGCCACGCCAUGCACACGGUGCGCAGCGAGGAGAAGCGCCGCCGGGGUGGCGACAGGGAGGACCAGGGGGGGGGGGGCGGCGAAGGAGGAGGAGGGGGGGAGAAGGGGGAGCGCGUGGAGGCCUCGGGCCGCGUGCGUCUCCGGGGCGCCCUGCUCCAGACCUACGUGCUCAGCAUCCUGAUCCGCACCGUCAUGGAGGUGCUCUUCGUGCUGGUGCAGUACUUCCUGUACGGCGUGUUCCUGCGGGCGCUGUACGUGUGCCGGGCCUGGCCCUGCCCCCACCCCGUCAACUGCUACGUGUCGCGCCCCACCGAGAAGAACGUGUUCAUCGUCUUCAUGAUGGCCGUGUCCGCCGUGUCGCUGCUGCUGUCGGCCGCCGAGCUCUACCACCUGGCCUGGCGAGGAUGCGUCAGGCUCCGCCUCCGCAAGGCCCAGGCCCGGGCCCCGUCCCCGGCCCCGCCGUGCACCCCGCCCCCAGACUUCAGCCUGUGCGUGGGCCCCGCCCCUCCCAGCUGCCCUCCCUGUCCCCUCCGCCUGGCGCACCAGCAAAACUCUGCCAACAUGGCAGCCGAGCGGCAGCACGACUUCCUGUCCCUGGCCUACACGCAGAGCUCCGCCCCCAGCGCCCCUGGCCCCGCCCCUCUGGCUGACAGCAACUUCCUGAAGGACAAUCGCCGGCUCAGCAAGACCAGCGGCACAAGCAGCCGUGUCCGAUCUGACGACCUGGCUGUGUAGACACACACACGCACACACGUCUUGUAUACAGACACACGCACCUUGUAUACAGACUUGUAUCCCUGCUGUUCCCUACAUUGACCAGCAGGAGGAUUCAAUGUCUGUUCAUGAGAGCCCUGCUCUCACAUCUACCAGCCAAUCAGCAUGUAUUUAUCUGAAGAAAAUGUUCCUUGUUUUACGUGUAUAGUUUAUCUCACGUGCAUAUUAACCUGUUUCAAGUCUGUCUGAUAUGAUCAUAUCAAACUGUUGUCAUGAGGAUCGCAGUUCUGUAAACUCUGCACUUUUGAAAAUAGAAAACUGUGAAAACUGA